GACCACGCUAACACAACAAAGCUCCACAACCUUGCUGACAUGUCGAUCUCCUAUUGGUUGUUUCUAUAUAAUAACUUGCCAAGUAAAAACAUACUAGGCAAAUAUGUCAUUGCUGCCAACUAACACCAACGUCUAGUUGCGAAUUAUAAAUUAUAUACAGAUAUCUCUGGGUCAGGUUCAGCAUUUCAUGGUCCACCGGCUUACGUUAGCAUCUCUCCUUGAGACUCUAAAAUCAUCCGGAUUUCGCCACGUGCCAUUCAUUUCUCUCCCGCCUUCUAAAUCUACCCGUUAACCCUAAUCUCCCUCUCUCUCUCUCUCUCUGUCUCUCUGCAACUCUUCUUCCAUUGAAGAAGAGAAAAAAUCAAGAGAAUUUGUCUAAAUAUAAUUCUUAGUAUAUACAGAAAUAGAGGGUAAAAAUGGGGAAAUUGCUUUGUGAUUCAACGGCAGUAGUUGCAGAAACGGCAUUUCAACCUCCUUCACCGUCGCCGUCGCCGGCGCUGGCGGAACUCCAUUGGAGAGAUUCCACUAAUGAUGCUUCUAUCGAAUACCAGACAGCGUGGGACGAUGUGAAUGGCUUAGAAGAUCAACAAAAACGGCAUUUACAAAAGCUCCACGCGAAAGGCGUGCUUUGGAAGCAUCCGAACGAUAAAGACUCUCCAAGAUCGGUGGUUUUUCGUCUAUCUCACGGGGGAGAGGUGUCAGCAGAUGGAAACUGCCUGUUCACGGCAUCACAGAAAGCGAUGAUGGCGCGUGAGAUCGACGCGCGAGAGCUGAGGAGACGGACGGUACGGCGGUUCACUGAGGAUUACGGAUCUGCGAAUGAGAAAGAGAAAGAAACGAUAGACGAAGCUAUAAAGCAUAUGUACUCACCAGAUCUGAAAAAUGGCUGGGGUAUUCACGUUGUCCAAGAAGUCAAACUUUUAGCGAAGAAAUCGGAUCGCGUCGCCUUAGAUGCCUCGAUCGAUGAGCUCGUGCAGAUCGGCAUGCAAAGAGAACUAGCGGCGGAAUCUAUAUAUAAAGAGAGGUGUAUAGGAGUGAAUGAUGGAAUAAGUUGGGCGAAAUAUAUGGCGACUUGUGGGUCACCAGAGGACGACGAGUAUGAUAUAAUUACUUUGCAAUAUACAGAGGAGGGUUUGUUAUCUGUUGAUGAGAAUAGACAAGGUCAUGCUGCUGCUUUUGGUGAUGAUAUUGCUAUUGAAUGUCUUGCUACUGAGUUUAAGCGUGAGAUUUUUGUGGUGCAAGCACAUGGAUCUGAUGCAAUGGUUGAUGAAGAAAAUUGUGUUUUCUUCCUCCCGCAUCGUCCAAGGAGUGAGAUUUGUGAACUUCCUUUCUUUCUAUUUAUGAAAGGAACAGGGUGGUGUGGUGCUGGAGCUGAUCACUAUGAGCCAUUGAUUGCCCAUCCGUCUUCUUUUGUUUCGAAUGAGAAGGUUGCAUUAGUACUUUGAGGACAAGCAUAGUCUAGUAGUUUUAUUGCAGCUUAGAGGUUGGACAGAGAUAAUUUUAAAUUUUUUUUUUCUCUCCAAAUGAAUUGAUAUUUUGAUAUUCAAUAUCAUGAGCCUGAUUCUUUUACAGAUCAGAAAAGGGCGGAUAAUUUUUUUUUUUUUGGGUCGAGGUCAUGUAGAAUUGAUCUUUUUGACUCUAGGUUGUAGGUUUGCUGCCUGCAAUUGAGCAAGUCUUUGUAGUAUUGAGAUAGUGGUUUUGCCGGCUUUUGUUAUUGUUGUCGUUGAGUUUUCAGAGGGUGCUUUCGAGUCGUUUAGGGGUACUAUUCUGUCCAAGCUGGGAUAGUACCAUUCUGUUGUAUCUUGAUCUGGAAUUACUCCAUUCAAUGUUAUAUUCUAGAAAUGAUUUUUACCCC